AGUAUUUCUAAGGGAUGGCCUAGAGAUUCCUGCUCUUAAAAAUUUAGAAUACAAAUCAAGCUGACCUGUAGAUGAACUCGUGAGAAGAGCAAUUAGGACAAAAGAGAAAUUGAAAAGUAAGAAAACUGAUUUAAAAGGAGAACACUUCAUGCAUGUUACUCCAGUGGGUGCUCCUUAGCCAUAUCUUCUUUACUACUCUAAAAAAGAAAAAGAAAAAGAAAACUCUCAACUCAUCUGAACUGGGGAUACAUAAACAAGAUGGAAAUUCUUUGAUUUUGUGCUUUGGAGUCUGCGUGUGAGCGCUGGUUUGCCUGUUUAUAGUCCUUGCGGAAUAUUCCGUGGGAAGAAACUGGUCCUCUUUGAGAUCAUCACAGCACUGUUUCCCAGAAGGUGUAACGCCGAGUGGCUGGGACGAGGAGAGAGUGCCCUAAUCUGUUGCACCAGCACAAAACUGGAGCGGGCACCUGCUGGAAAGCCACAUCCCAGGGCUUUGGGAGAUAAAGGAAAUCAAGUAGAAAGAAACAGAGUCGUGAGGGAAGUGGUCUCUCCCAGUCCAUCGGUAAGAUUCCUCCCGGAUGCCACGGUCUGUUUUACAAAUUGACUCCAGUCUUUCUCUAGUCGUGAGGUCGUGACCAGUCAAGCCUCCCUGAGUGCCAAGCUGGGAAUCGUCGCUUCGCAGUUACCGCAAUGGCGAGCUGCAUCCUUGUUCUUGCAGGGGAAGUCUGACACCUUGAGGACGGGCGAAGGGGUGCCAGGAACCCACAGCUGCGCAAGUGGAAGAAGCACUGAGUUGCGGGGGUUACUUUUCUCCAGUCGGACGACCGGCCGCAUGGGUGUUUGUUUACUAGGGUAGGAGCAGGGCUUUGGAAAGCUGGGUUCUGGCGUAAACUGAAGUCUUCCAUCUCUGCAGAGUUCCACCGAAUCCUGGAGGUGUGUCUGGCUUGCGUCCCAGACCACGGGGUAGGUUCUCCCAACCGACUGGGUUGGCUCAUAGUGCUGAGUCCCCUGCUGCUUACUAGCUGACUUCCAGCGGUUGGCCCGGGAAGGUGAAGAUCAUUCAGUGGCAACCGAGCUGUGCUGAGCGUUAGCUCUGGUCCAGACCUGGGUCCCCUCCACCUCCUCGCAGAGCGGAGCGUGGGUCGCGCGUCUUCCCGGGCUACCCCUUCUGAGCGCGGCAGGCGCGGACCUGAAGCCAGGAGCCACUGGGGACAGAGGACUGGGAACCUUCCUCCUGGCUCGAGCUGUCAGCCGUGGGAACCCCAACUUUAUUCGGCGGGCUCAGAGGCUCGGGGGUGGGUGAAGUUCUCGCCCCGGGCGAUCACCACCUCCUCCACCCGCCCCUCCCCCGCCUCCUCGGUUUCCCUCUCCGAGCAUCCUCAUUCAGCCCAUUUCGGUGCCAGCUGCGUGGGCUCCAGCUUCGUGCGUUUUGCCUUGGAAUGCUCCAAAAGUCACAGCCACUAAGGAAACCCCCGCGGAAUGUAACCGGGAGUGCUGUCCCUGGGCACAGCACUCGUGCCGCCCGUCCACGGAUCGGAUCACUUCAUCCUCAAGUUGCAACUUUGCAGAAAAGCCCCUUCUGUCCAGAAUACCUUUUACCUUUUUGCUUCCUAUAAAAGUUCUCCAAGCAAUCAAGCACAAUCGGUGCCUACAGCCAAUAUUACUGUACUUUUGAAAAUUUUCUCCCGAUGUCGCAAGUAUAAAUACAAGCAAACCUUUUGUAUGUUCUGCCUUACAGAGGUAAAAAAUAGCAUGGCAUGAAACAUGGCUCAGUUCUAUUACAAAAGAAAUGUGAAUGCCCCCUACAGAGACCGUAUCCCUCUGAGGAUUGUCCGAGCAGAAUCAGAGCUCUCACCAUCAGAAAAAGCCUACCUGAAUGCGGUGGAAAAGGGAGACUAUGCAAGUGUCAAGAAAUCCCUAGAGGAAGCUGAAAUUUAUUUCAAGAUCAAUAUUAAUUGCAUUGACCCUCUUGGAAGGACAGCCCUUCUGAUUGCAAUUGAAAAUGAGAAUUUGGAACUCAUUGAACUGCUCUUAAGCUUCAAUGUCUACGUUGGAGAUGCUCUGUUGCAUGCCAUCAGGAAAGAGGUUGUCGGAGCUGUUGAGCUGCUACUGAACCACAAAAAGCCAAGUGGAGAAAAACAGGUACCUCCCAUACUCCUUGAUAAGCAGUUUUCUGAAUUUACUCCCGAUAUCACCCCAAUCAUUUUGGCAGCCCAUACAAACAAUUACGAGAUAAUAAAACUUUUAGUCCAGAAAGGCGUCUCUGUGCCCCGACCCCACGAGGUCCGCUGUAACUGUGUGGAAUGCGUCUCCAGCUCAGAUGUGGACAGCCUCCGCCACUCGCGUUCCAGACUAAACAUCUACAAGGCCCUGGCCAGUCCCUCGCUCAUUGCACUGUCCAGCGAAGAUCCUUUUCUCACAGCCUUUCAACUCAGUUGGGAGCUCCAGGAACUGAGCAAAGUGGAAAAUGAAUUCAAGUCAGAGUAUGAGGAGCUGUCACGACAAUGCAAGCAGUUUGCGAAGGACCUCCUGGAUCAGACGAGGAGUUCCAGAGAACUGGAAAUUAUUCUUAAUUACCGAGAUGACAACAGUCUGCUUGAAGAGCAAAGUGGAAAUGAUCUUGCAAGACUAAAAUUGGCCAUUAAGUACCGUCAAAAAGAGUUUGUUGCCCAGCCCAACUGUCAGCAGCUGCUUGCAUCUCGUUGGUAUGAUGAGUUCCCAGGUUGGAGGAGAAGACACUGGGCAGUGAAGAUGGUGACAUGUUUCAUAAUAGGACUUCUUUUUCCUGUUUUCUCUGUGUGCUACCUGAUAGCUCCUAAAAGCCCACUUGGACUAUUCAUCAGAAAGCCAUUUAUCAAGUUUAUCUGCCACACAGCCUCCUAUUUGACUUUUUUGUUCUUGCUGCUGCUUGCCUCUCAGCACAUCGACAGGUCAGACUUGAACAGGCAAGGUCCACCACCAACCAUCGUCGAGUGGAUGAUAUUACCAUGGGUCCUGGGUUUUAUAUGGGGAGAAAUUAAGCAGAUGUGGGAUGGCGGACUUCAGGAUUACAUCCAUGAUUGGUGGAAUCUAAUGGAUUUUGUGAUGAACUCUCUAUAUUUAGCAACAAUCUCCUUGAAGAUCGUUGCAUUUGUAAAGUACAGUGCUCUUAAUCCACGAGAAUCAUGGGACAUGUGGCAUCCCACUCUGGUAGCUGAGGCUUUAUUUGCUAUUGCAAACAUCUUCAGUUCCCUGCGUCUGAUAUCACUAUUUACUGCAAAUUCCCACCUGGGACCUCUGCAAAUAUCUCUAGGAAGAAUGCUUCUGGACAUUUUGAAGUUUCUAUUCAUAUACUGCCUUGUGUUGCUAGCAUUUGCAAAUGGUCUAAAUCAAUUGUACUUCUAUUAUGAAGAAACAAAAGGGUUAAGCUGCAAAGGCAUACGAUGUGAAAAGCAGAAUAAUGCAUUUUCCACGUUAUUUGAGACACUGCAGUCACUAUUUUGGUCAAUAUUUGGACUCAUCAAUCUGUAUGUGACUAACGUGAAAGCCCAGCAUGAAUUCACUGAAUUUGUUGGUGCCACCAUGUUUGGGACAUACAAUGUCAUCUCUCUGGUUGUCCUACUCAACAUGUUAAUAGCUAUGAUGAACAAUUCUUACCAACUAAUUGCUGACCAUGCAGAUAUAGAAUGGAAAUUUGCUCGAACAAAGCUCUGGAUGAGUUACUUUGAAGAAGGAGGUACCCUCCCCACUCCCUUCAAUGUCAUUCCAAGCCCCAAGUCUCUCUGGUACCUGAUCAAAUGGAUAUGGACUCAUCUGUGCAAGAAAAAGAUGAGAAGAAAGCCAGAAAGUUUUGGAACAAUAGGGAGGCGAGCUGCUGAUAAUCUGAGAAGACAUCACCAAUAUCAAGAGGUAAUGAGGAAUCUGGUGAAGCGCUAUGUGGCAGCCAUGAUUAGAGAUGCUAAAACUGAAGAAGGCCUGACCGAAGAGAAUUUUAAGGAACUAAAGCAAGACAUUUCUAGCUUCCGCUUUGAAGUUCUGGGAUUACUCAAAGGAAGCAAAUUUUCUACCACACAAUCUGCAAAUGCCACCAAGGAGUCUUCGAAUUCAGCAGACUCAGAUGAAAAGAGUGAUAACGAAGGUAAUGGCAAGGACAAGAAAAGGCAUUUCAGCCUUUUUGAUUUAACCACUCUGAUCCAUCCGAGGUCAGCAGCCAUUGCCUCUGAGAGACAUAACAUAAGCAAUGGCUCCGCCCUGGUGGUGCAGGAGCCACCAAGGGAGAAGCAGAGAAAAGUGAAUUUUGUAGCUGAUAUCAAAAACUUCGGGUUGUUUCAUAGACGAUCAAAACAAAACGCUGCUGAGCAAAACGCAAACCAAAUCUUCUCUGUUUCAGAAGAAGUUGCUCGUCAAAAGGCUGCAGGACCACUUGAGAGAAAUAUUCAGCUGGAAUCCCGAGGAUUAGCUACACGGGGUGACCUGAGCAUUCCUGGUCUCAGUGAACAGUGUGUUUUAGUAGACCAUAGAGAAAGGAAUACGGACACACUGGGUUUGCAGGUAGGCAAGAGAGUGUGUUCCUUCAAGUCAGAGAAGGUUGUGGUGGAGGACACUGUACCUAUCAUACCAAAGGAGAAACACGAGAAGGAUGAGGACUCCAGUAUAGACUAUGAUUUAAACCUCACAGACACAGUUGCCCAUGAAGAUUACGUGACAACCAGAUUGUGAUACUUGAAUGAGGGAGCGUUUGUCAUACAUAUACAUAUUUCCCAUGAUGCUCUGUCUGGGUGGGGGGAAAUGUUUAAACUUAAAUUAGCAAAUGCUAACUUACACUUUACAGCGUUUAUCAACUGUGGCAUAUUAACCUGUAACAUGUUUAAGGCAAAGGCAAUCAAGAACCUUUCAGUUUUAUGGCCUGCUUUUGCUUCCACAAUUUGUUCUACAAUUGUUUUUUGUUAAUAAAUAAAUGCACCUUGUAUUCUUGUACUGUUGCAAUAACCCACAGAGAAUUUUUAGCUAUCUUUUUCAAUUAAAACAAAUGCAAUUUAUUUCAUGUUGUAGUUUACUCCUCUAAUAGAUAUUUUUUAUAUGCAAAAAAUAAUGUAGCUAAAAUAUUAGUUUAGUGCUUUUCAUAAUUUAGGGGGAUCUCUAGAGAUGAUUAUUUUUUGAGAACCUUCCACCCAGUUCUACAGUUUGGCUUUGAAACACAUUAUUACCAAAUUAUUUCUUAAGAACACAUAAAGCACACUGUUAAAGCAAGGAAGCAGGCUUCUUUCUCUGGUGGCAGGGGGGGUCAUAACCAAGCCCUUUCUUAAAAUGAAAACAAGGUGUGUGUUGUACAGACAGGUUGUCCUAGGGCAUCAUUUCAAUAAGUAAAAGAAGUGUUUGUCUUAAUAAAUUUUGAUGAUUCAUGAUUUUUAACAUUUUGUCCUAAUAAAACAUGUCUCCAGUUUGAAAGAACAAAUUAUUUCAAUUUCAACUGUUAUCAGUAUAAAUAUGAGCUUUUGUAAAUAACUAGGCUUUAAAAAUGGAAAAAUUGCUGUUAUAGAAAAUAACAAUAAAUUAAAAUAGUUUAAAGCACUGAAAAAACACCAUUGCAUACCCUUAAUAUCCAGAUGAAUAUGAAUUUAUUCUAACAUCGUAAACUUAGGCCAACUUGAAUUCUAAUAUGCUCAAUCAUACAAUAUUGUUGCCAACUCAAAGGACGUGCAGGAACCUAGUAGUUUCCUCUUUUUCCCUCAGUGAGUGGUACAUACUUUUAAAAAUUAAAAUCACUCAACUAUCAUUAUUAAUUGUAUCAAUUGAUAUAAAUAUGGUAUAUAUUCUUCCCUGAAGGAAAAUUUUAAUUUUUGUUUUUUCUAUUGUUUGCAAGGUAAUUUCACUUCC